GGCCCCUUUCCUUCAACACUGUGCUGGAAAAGGGAGAAACCAGCAUCAUUAAACAGCAUCCGCCUCGAAGACCUCAAAGGCUUGAACCUGCUGGCCCUCCACAAACAAUCGCUCCUGCAAAGCCCUGGAGUCAGCAAGAACUGGCUGUAAGCCCAAAACUGAAGGCUGUGGAGAAGAGGGGGCAAAGCCUGAGACACCUCCCUGGAGGGCGGCAGCACUUACACAAGCUGCAGAUGCUGGACUUGACCCGCAGGCGUCGAGAGGCAGAGCUGAAGAGAAAUCUCCACAGGGAGGCAAAAAUCAACAAACAAAAAAUCAAGGAAUUCAGCCCAAAGAAAGUCCUCGACACUCUCCAGAGAGGCAACAGCACCGAAAGCCAAGACCUCGUCCCUGCUGAGCACAAUCAGCGUUUUCAUGGAGACAAUCACGGAAACACAUGGGGUGGAGGACUCUACAGGCAACAUGAUGGGGCUGAACUCUCUCCAGACAGGAGCAGGAAGUUUGACCCAUGGUUCUGCAGGGAGCCAUGGACAAGAGAUCUGUUCUGGGACACCUCCAGCACAAGCUCUGAGGAGUGGGAAAGGGAAGAAAAGAUUUACCGCAAACCUACGCUUGUGAGAACCAAGACAGAGAGAAUUUCUCUCUUUGAUGACUUCUUUGAUAAGGAUUUCUAG